CCGCAGCAACACGACUAUGCUUGCCACCGUCUUCGGUGCCGCUUUCGGCAUGCAGCUGGCUUUCGACACGUCGUCGGAUAAGGUGUGGGAUGCGUUUAACCGCGGUCGCCAAUGGAAGGAUAUUAAGAAGCGGUAUAUGGAGGCGGCUGAGGAUGAUGAGUAGGGAGGGAUUAAGCAGGAUGGUGGGAGUAGGGUUGUGGAUGGGUGGAUUCUCCGCUGAAGGGGGGGUGAUGGGGUGUAUACUACUGCGUGCGCAAUUCUAUGGAUGGGUGCUGAUGGUUGAUUGCACUUGUGGCUUGGUGCACUUGUCUGGUUUACUUGUCUUGUCUCGCUUUGCAUGUGGUGUUAUUGUGUACAGUCAUCAGAUUGGCCAUGUGGCGGUGAUAUGGCAAUGACAUGAUGGCGUAUUGGUGGUGCCUGCCUGCGGACUUCCGUGGGUGGGGAGCUCUCCAGGGC